UUUCGGCCUUGCUAGUAACUCUAAAUCAUUUAUCAAUCGGUGGCUUAAGGAGCCGCGUCUGGUCCACGCUCUGGUCGUCGUAGCAGAAGCUUUUGCGCGAAACUCAAAUGUAUUCUUGCAUACAGAACUAACCUAUAACGUAGAAUUUUCUGCUUCUCCCACAAUUCGCGGUUCAUUAAGGAUGUUCAAAACUCUCGGCUGCAGUAAAAAAUUAUCCGGAAAUCUAAGAGUAUUAGCACUGAAUAAAUUCACUGGAAAUAGAUGUUCCAGUCAAAAGGCAGCGCCCAACUAUCCACUGCGGAUAUUUUCUGGUAUUCAACCUACCGGUGAUGUUCAUUUGGGAAAUUAUUUAGGCGCAAUACAAAAAUGGGUUGAACUCCAAAACAAUAAUCAGGAUGUCAUUUACAGUAUCGUCGAUAUGCAUUCCAUUACUUUGCCACAAGAUCCAAAAGCAUUGAAGCAAAAUAUUCUUAACAUCACUGCGACAUUAUUGGCAUGUGGAAUUGAUCCUGAUAAAAGCAUUUUGUUUCAACAAUCGACAGUUUCUAUGCAUACCGAGCUGUGCUGGAUUCUCAGUUGUUUGACCACUAUGCCACGUCUGGCACACCUGCCUCAGUUCAAAGAAAAAAGCGCGACAGUAAAAGAUGUUCCUCUUGGAUUAUAUAUUUAUCCUGUACUACAGGCGGCUGAUAUUUUGCUAUACAAGUCAACACAUGUACCAGUUGGAGAAGACCAACUACAGCAUUUGCAAUUAGCUCAACAUUUGGCAAAACUGUUUAAUGGAAGAUUCGGAGAGACAUUUCCAAUGCCUCAUUCAAUGGUCAAUGAUGACAGCAGCUGUAGAGUAAGAUCCUUGAGAGAUCCGACAAAGAAAAUGUCAAAAUCUGACCCUGAUCCCAAGAGCCGAUUACAAUUAACGGAUGAGCCGAAGGUUCUUUUAAACAAAGUGAAAAAGGCAAUAACGGAUUUCACCUCUGAAGUUACUUACGCACUAGACGAAAGACCUGGUGUCUCAAAUCUUAUCAGCAUUCAUUCUUUGUUGACUGGAAAAACUCAUGAUGAAAUUUGCAGAGAAGCCCAAGGGCUUGAUACCGGAAAGUACAAACUAGUCGUUGCAGAUGUUGUUGUAGAAAAAUUAACUCCAAUUCGCGAACGUUUACUUGAUCUCAAAACAGAACCUCAGUACUUGGAAGAAGUUCUAAGAAAAGGUGGCGAGAAAGCAACAGAUAUUGCCUGUGAUUGUUGGCAUGAAGUCAGAGAUAAAGUUGGGUUGGGAAACAGCAUAUUAUCGAGCACGAGUAAACGGGAAGUAGGGAAACUGCAAAGUAGCCUGUGAGUCUGCAGAAAAACUAUUUAUUGUAAAUAAAAUAUUAUUGAUUAU